AUGACAAUAGAAUUAAAUCAAACUGUUGAAUAUACCAAUGAAUUUUUAAAUUUUUUACCUUAUAAAUCUACAUGUUCAGAAGUUUGUUCAAAUACCUGUAAGAAUAUGCCUAAAGAGAAUGAAUUAAAAACAAAAAAAUUAGUCCCAGUCCAACGAACUUACAAUGAAUGUAUCCUUUACGCUUUAAGUGAAUGGAGGUGUGCAUGUCUUACAACUGUUUUGGUCACAGGUAUUAUUUUAGUAUCAUCAUGCGGUGUUAAACAACUGAAAAAUUACAUGAAUUCAUCUCAGUCAGAUACACACUAUCCUAUUUCAUAUCAUAAAUACGAUCAAAGUUUUCAAUUAUUAUGUCAAACAAGUUCUCUUCUAAUUAUUAAUGGUUUAUUAUUUCUAGUCUAUUUAAUUUAUUUAAUUGAAUCAUGGCAAUCAAGAAACUGGAUUCAAACAACAUGGUUAAUUGAUACAAAAAUGGCAUAUAAUUUAAUACAUAAUGCACAUAAACUUAUUCCUUCUAUUCUUUGGCAAAUCAAAUGUUAUCAUUAUGCUCAUAAUACACCACAAUAUUAUAAUCAUUAUCAACAGAAUCCAAUGCAACAAUCCAUAACAUUAAAUGAAACUGAUUUAAAUAAACCAAUUAAAUAUUCAUUUAUCCAAGAUCAUUUUAAUAAUUCAAUGAAACAAACAAAUACUCAAAAUAAUCAAUAUCUAUUGAAUUCCAAUAAGAUCCCUAAACUUUUAUCUCAUUCUAUUAAUAACACCAAUAUAAAUCCAAUUAAUACAAAACAAGAAUUUUUUACAACUUAUGAAAAAUUCGAUGUUUACAUGGAAACUGAACAAAUUUGUACUUUUACAGAUUUUAUGAAAUUACCUAAAAAAUGUCUUAUUAUUCAUCAGUCAUCAAAAUUACCAUUCUAUUUAAAAGAUCUAACUUAUUUAAUAGCUACACUUUUAUUAUGUUCAUUACCAUUAAGAAUUUAUAUUUAUGCAAAUAAAGCUAAAUUAAAUUGUAAAAUUCAUAAAAUAUUUGGUUCUAAACCAAUAAAUCAUUCAUUAAAAUUAAUUCCAUUAAAUACAAAUUCAUUAAUAAAUACAUUUCCUAAUUAUACUAUACCAUCAUCAUCAUUAUCAUCAUUAUCAAAUCAUAUCUUAAAUGGUACUAAUCAUCAUAACAAAUUACAUGACAAUAAUGAAGCUAUUGUAUUAUUUAAUAAACAUAUAUUAGAUAAUACUACUGAUUUAAUACAAAAUUAUAAUAAAAAACAUAAAAUGAUUUCAAAAGAUUCUUAUGAUUUCAAUCAUAUAAAAUAUGAUAAUAAAGUAAAUAUUAAACAUAGUUCUAUUGAAGAUGAAGAUCAUGAUGAUGAUGUUGAAGAUGAAGAUGAAGAAAUGUUAUCAUUGGAUAUACGAUUUGAUGAAUACAUAAAGAAUAAAUGUAUUAAAAAUGAUAAAAGGAACAUAGAAAAUCAUCAUAAUCAUUAUGAAUUAAAUACUAUUUUAAAAAAUUCUAAUGUUGAUGUAAAAUCUGUGUGAAAUAUACUACAUAAUAGUAUUUUUGUUAUUAAAAUGUAUAUUGUUUAAAGUUUUAAAGCAUAUGAAUAUUUAUAUGAAGUGAACUCAAAAGAUGUAAAGUUAUAUUAAGAAAGUGUUAUAUCCGAGCGAAGAUUAAAUUACGAGUAACUUCUGAGAUCUAUUAAUGAACUAUUAUUAUUUAUAUAUUCUCAUGGUGUAAAUAUUCGGUAACUAGAUUAUGUAUAUCUAUAUUCCCCUUGUUAUAAGCUUUAUUUUGGCCUAUAAUUUAUUAUUGUACGAUUUACGGU